AUGAUGACCUUUGCUGCACUUGUUCUCAUCUUCUUGACACCUGGAGUUGCUCUUGGACAGCAUGGUGAUAGAACUGCAUCCAUUAAGGUGUUGCCACUGGAUAUGGCCGAGAAUUCUGUUGAUGAUCAAUAUGACGGCUGCCAAGAGGAAAUGACAAGCUUAAUACAGAUCACGUAUCUAAAACAAGAAUUGAUGAAUAUUUCAACAAACUUCAACAAUGCCUGGAAAAAAGGAACGGACUUCUGCAGUUCUAAACAUCAGAAAUUCACAAGCGAUAACUUGACAUGGAACCACUGCAUUGCCUUGCAUGCAUAUACAUUAGAUAAGAACACUCCAGCAAAGAUAUUUGAUGUUUUCAAUAAUGCUACUCGAGCUGGCAGACCAAACUACAUCAACAGGACAUAUGGGUGGUAUUCUCUUCACUUUUUCUUGACUGUUGCAUUACAACGUCUCAAAGCAGGACAAAUGUUUUGCAAGUUGACAUAUCGUGGUACAAAUAGCAAAUUUGAAAUACGUAACACAGAGAUUCGAUUAAAUACAUUCACAUCCUCUUCCAUUAACCGUGCCGUCGCACAAGAAUUUGGGAAAGUGUCUUGUUUUAAAAUCAAGACAUGCCAUGGUGUCUCCAUCCAAGACUAUUCCCGUUUCCCAAACGAGGGCGAAGUGUUAAUUCCACCAUACGAGACAUUCAAAGUCACUGCUGUCAAGAAAAAGUCGGCCAAUCCUAGUCUCUGGUGUGAGACUGUGUAUGAGUUAUACAGCACUGGAACCAGAAGUAACCAGCAGUGUGAACUGGUGAAACUAGAGGCAUCUGGCGAAUCUCAGAUCUAUAACAGAUAUCAGCCUCUAGUGGUGUCAAGUGCCUACAUCUUCACUCUUAUUCAUACUUUCUUACGCUGAAUAUGAUGAUAUCUAACCUGAACCAACAUUUUAAUCACUUUAUUGAUUGAUUGUGAAUCUUAAAAAAUCUGUAAAAGGUCAAACCUGAAAGACUUUUCUGAUUGUCUGUCACAUGUGGUGAGGGUUCACAGGGAGGUGGUUGAUAAUCUCAUAUAAUGUGUGUAAUAGCCUAUAUAACAUAUAUUUCUGAUAAUCUUACAGGUAGCCUGCUGUGUCAUUUAGACUGGCCUAUUUUGAUGUUGCAACAGCUACAUUUGUAAAUAAAACUAUGGAAAAA